UGCCUCCCAUUUUGUCCCACUUUUGUCAUGUGACCUGUUCUACCAGUGUCAUGUGUUAACUUUGCGAACUUCGUGAAGGGUUAUCACAUUGUUUUUGUAUAGAUCAGCGAUGGAAAUGGGAUUCUUUGAGUAUGAGAUGUGUCAAUAGUGUUUUGAUUUUGUGGGUUGGUGUUGAAUGUUGAAAAAAACGUGGAGAUUUAUGAUGAUUUUCAUUUUUGUUUGAUGUUUAUAUUGAAAUGUUUUUGCUUUAGAUCUGAAUAGCAUUCUUGAAAGAAAUCAUAAAAACCCAAAUGCUAAAAUUUUUGAUUGGUGGAUUAUUUGGAAUUUAUUGGUUGUUGGGAUUUUGAAUACGACGUCGCGCCACUCUCCUUCUUGCUCUGAAUUUUCACAUCUCUUCACCACCUGCUGCUGCUCAUAUCUUAUUUUCACAGUGCACUUCUCUCAAUCCUUCAUAAAAGUUCAAGGAUUUCAUGCCAGUAAGGCAGUAACAAACAAGAAAUUCUAGAGAUGAAUCGACUGGCAAAAAAUUGGGAGAUUUACCCUAUCCAUUUGUUGUUUCUUCCCUAAAUGCUGAAAUUCUUGAUUGGUGGGUUAUUUGAAAUUUAAAGGCUGUUGGGGUUUUGAUUCCAUUUCUUUACUCAACUUUGAUAUUAUUGAGGUUUUCUUGCCAAAGAACUUUAUGAAAAAUGGAAGUAUCAAGUGGAUUGAGUCCAAGAGUCAACCCGGUUGGAUUGUAUAAAGAACAAGAAGAGAAUAAUGCAGGACCAGAUCUUCAAAACUUUGGAUUGGACUCAGUUGAGUAUGUUAUUCGAUCUGAUCACCAUUUUCAUUCAAUGAAUGCACUGGAAAUUCUGAGGGAAACAGUGAGAAUUCUUCGGUAUAAUUCAACGGGUUUUAUGGCAAUUGCAGCAUUGCUAAUAUGCCCUGUAACGGCAGUGCUCUUGUCGAAUGUGCUGGUCAAUCAAUCCCUUGUGAAGAGGCUGACCAUAAGGUUGUUGCUAGUUGCAAAGUCCAGUGGACUCCCUCUUAGGCCUUUUAUCAAACAGUCAUGCCAAAAGUUUGCGGAAAUGACAAUUUCUGCCAUAAUGUGUUUCCCUUUGUUUGUUACAGUGUCGUUAUUAUCAAAGGCUGCUGUGGUUUACUCGGUUGACUGUACUUACUCGAGGAAAAGAUUUGAUUCUUCAAAGUUCUACGUGAUUGCUUCAAAGAUUUGGAAGCGCAUUUUUGUGACGUACUUGUGGGUGUGUAUGGUGAUUGCUGGUUGCCUCACAUUGUUCCUUGUGCUUCUGGUUGUGGUGAGCAGCACGUUUUCAAUUAUGGGAUUUCCAUCAGAUUUGAUUUUGUAUCCUGCAAUGGUAGUAGGAUUGAUUUUCUCCAUAAUUUUGGCAAAUGCUAUCAUUAUAUGCAACAUUUCUAUUGUCAUCUCAGUUUUGGAGGAUGUUUCAGGGCCACAGGCAUUGCUGAGAUCGAGUUCUUUAAUUAAGGGGCAGACCCAAGUUGGUCUAUUGAUAUUUCUUGGAUCGACAAUAGGGAUGGCUUUUGUGGAAGGUCUUUUCGAGCAUCGGGUAAAGACACUAAGCUAUGGAGAUGGUUCUUCAAGGAUAUGGGAAGGGCCCCUUUUAGUAGUAUUGUACUCAUUUGUGGUGCUUAUCGACUCAAUGAUGAGUGCCGUUUUCUACUUCAGUUGUAAAUCUUACCGUAUGGAAUCUGCAGAUGUAGAAAGCCAACCGGUUUUAGAAGCCCUGGCUAUUUCAUCCGGAUCAGCUGAUGUUCAAUAGCAUCCUCUUGGAUUCCAUUUGUGGUCUGUAAAGCUACUUCAGCUUGUUGAAGAAAGAUAGGAACGAUGUCGAAAGCUCGAGUCCUGAUUUUAUUUUUGUGCUCCAGUACCACCAAUAAGGAAAUGUACGUGUAAACCUUCUCAACAAUGUAACAGAUAGCUUUUUAUUAAAGGGGCUAGCUCCAUGUAGCUUCCGUUCGUUGUUAGUCAUGUUAUCAUAAAGUAUCAGUGAUUGCAAACACAGAAACAGAAGAAUGAAAAAGAUUCUGAAAGUUUGAUAAUUGGAUCAUUCAGAAUACUGUCCCGGGUAGCAUUUUGAAAGUUACCGUCACAUACUUUGUAUUGCUUUUUUUAUCACUUGUAUUCAAUACGGAUCACUAUUUUCUUUCA